AUGGGAGAACGUUCUCUGUGGGAAGAAUCUUCCUUUGUUAACUGGAUCUGGACAUUUGCUACUGACUUUUUAGGGGCUGGCACUUCAGGAUAUUCUUUAGGUGUCAAAAAUUCUACAUGUGUCCAAGAUGGAGAGUGUGAGGCUGAGUUUUCACCUGAUGGCUUUGAAGAGAAACCAGAAAAAGAAAAGAAACAAACCAGCUUCACUUUGUGCACCGUGUGUAACAUUCAGCUGAAUUCGACUGCCCAAGCCCAAAUCCACUACAAUGGCAAAUCGCAUCAAAAGAGAGUGAAACAGCUCAGCAAUGGGAUGGUGAGAAACGACAGUGGUGGCACGUGCCAGAGCCCGGCCCUCCCAGCCCUGGUCCGGCCGCCAGCCCCGCCUCUGCAACAGUCGCUGGACAUUAAGCCGUUCCUCCCAUUUCCUCUCGACACGGCGGCCGCAGUCAACCUCUUCCCCAAUUUUAAUGCGAUGGACCCGAUUCAGAAAGCUGUGAUAAAUCAUACUUUCGGGGUUCCUCUUCCUCAUCGAAGAAAGCAGAUCAUUUCGUGCAACAUUUGCCAGUUGAGAUUUAAUUCUGAUAGCCAGGCUGCGGCCCACUACAAAGGCACGAAGCACGCCAAGAAGCUCAAAGCACUGGAAACCAUGAAGGCCAAGCAGAAGUCUGUCGCUGCCAAGGACAGCGCAAAGACUGCCUCCACCUGCACCACCACCCAUGCCAUCAGUUCCAGCUCUGACGAAACAGAUAGUACCACAGGGACACCAGCAGUAUCAGCGACGACAACUGUGGAAAUUCGCAAAAGCAGUGUUAUGACGACGGAGAUCACCUCUAAAGUGGAGAAGAGCCCCACCACAGCCAGCGGCAACAGCUCCUGUCCUUCCACGGAGACAGAGGAAGAGAAGGCGAAGAGGCUGCUCUACUGUUCUCUCUGCAAGGUGGCCGUCAACUCCGCCUCCCAGCUGGAGGCCCACAGCAGUGGUACCAAGCACAAAACGAUGCUAGAAGCUCGGAACGGAAGUGGGGCUAUCAAAGCCUUCCCCAGGGCAGGUGUGAAAGGCAAAGGCCCAGUGAACAAGGGAAACACAGGCCUGCAGAACAAAACGUUUCACUGUGAAAUCUGUGACGUGCACGUCAACUCGGAGACACAGCUGAAACAGCACAUUAGCAGUAGAAGGCACAAAGACAGAGCUGCCGGCAAGCCCCCGAAACCUAAAUACAGCCCUUACAACAAACUGCAGAAGGCCGCGCAUCCACUGGGGGUGAAGCUGGUCUUCUCCAAGGAGCCGUCCAAGCCGCUGGCGCCGCGCCUGCUGCCCGGGCCGCUGGCCGCCGCCGCGGCCGCCGUGGCCGUGGGCUCGCCGUUCGGGCUGCGGGCCGCGCCGCCCGCGCUGCUGCCGGCGCUGCCCCCCGCGCUGCUGCGGCCGGCGCCGGGGCCCAUGCGCAGCGCGCACGCGCCGGUGCUCUUCGCGCCCUACUGAGCGCGGCCGGCCUGCAAUAACUCGCAAACCACACGCCGAACAGAGAACUAUGCAGCGUUUAUUUAUAGUUUAAAGUAUAUCUGAAGAGCCAGGACUUUUGGUAGUGAACUGACAAGAUUAUGG